AAACGGAUGACAGAAUAAUCUCUUAUCGAUAGGUAGCAUGUACCCUUUAAUCUUUUUAAAAAGUGUCGGGUCUGAGCUUCUUCGACGAUCAACUCCCGUUACAUCGCAACCAGCCCAAACUUGACAACUUGACCAGGCUGUCAUUCAGCCCUUUGUCCCUCGUUCAACUUGUUUGACAAGCGUCGGUAGUAACAAUAAUACUUCCCGCUAAAUCCUCGAAAUGUUCCCACUACCAUCAUAACAUCCGUCAUCGUGGUCAUCGAGGUCAUCGACUAUGCCUUUCGCAACGCGCUUGGUUUUGGGCGCGUUGCUACUCUUCGUCCAACUUGCGACAGCUAGCAACAGUCUUAAGGAAGGUAUCCUACCCUCCUACCAUUUUGGUGCCCCUAUUGCUGUCGAGUGCAUGAAUAGGAGUGUAGAGACCGGCGAACACAUCCAGAAUGCCAAGAACGAGAUCCAAUGGAUUCCUUUCCCUAUAUGCAACGAGACUGGGAACCCUCUCGAGUUUAGCUACGGCGUCGAAGGCGAAAUGAAUUGCACCAUACCUAUGAUAGACGACCCUUUCUUUCACCUGCUCGAGUUUUACAUCCACAACGAUGCGCCCCUUGCCUGUCGCCUUCCUGCUCGACCUCCCGCUCAUAUCGAGAUGGUUGGCGAGAAGCCGUACGAACAAGAAUAUAUACCACUAGUAUUUGCCCUAGCCGGCACCUUACAACUAAGUCAUUUGCAUAUCAGCACCCACCUUAACAUCUUACUGCACAGCACGCCGAAACACCACAUCCACCCUCACGACAGCGGCGUUCUAGAUAGCGGCGCCGCAUAUAGUACAAGCCCACUCAGCCACAUGGAUGGUAGCUUCACCAAGAGGUUAGUCAUUGGUGACCCUCUACCCCUGAGCUUUAGCGUUAGGUGGUUUCCGACUCCGGCUCUACCCAAGACUGAGGGCAAGGUCGAAUGGCAAGGGAUGGGAGGUCAUAUCUACGCUAGCACCGUAUUCUAUGCGCUCGUAUCCUUCAUCGCCGGCGUUCUUGUUUCGGGUGUUUAUUUCUUUGGUAUCAUCUUGCCUAAGAGGUUGAAGGGUCGCGGCCUCGGCGGCGCUACUCCGUUGGGCUAUGGCGUCGGCAACGGGUGGGGUUAUUCAAAGAGAAUGGACUGAAUAAUUAGGAACGAUUGUCCUCGCAAUAAUUUUGAUGGGUUCUUGUAAAUAUUACGAAGAGGAUGAGGGUCAUAUGUGUUGGUAUGAUCCCAUUAUUCUCAGCUGUAUCAACAUAAGGUU